CUCUUGUGCUUCCUGCAAAAUAGAAGACAGAAAAAUAUCUUAAUGUAGGUGGAGCUGAGACCGCUUCCCUUUGAUGAGAAAGUUACGCGUUUAACCUACUAGAGUGCGCAAUUCUCACACACUUCCUCGCAUGAAGAACCGAAUUGUCACUUGCAUCAAGUCAAGGACUGUACAGCCUCUCCAAGCGCGCGCAAUAUACAGCCAAACCACAGUGAUUGUCCUCCUUCUUCCUGUUUAUUUAAGUUUUCUUUGCUGUAUCCGUACAACUUGCCUUUUUUUCUUUUGGAAACCUGGAAGACACCCCAGACCUGCGCUCGCUUCAGCAUGCGUUUGGCGCACGGAGCGCACUCUUGGCGAGCUCUUCAUCAUCAGGCGCAGGGAUUAUGUUCAACUCAUCGGGCUCGCUAGAUUUCUUCUCGUUCACUCACCCUGAGGUCGCGUCGGAAGUUCUCAAUGGUUCCUCACACUUAUUCUACAACAUCUCAAUGGCCAUGUGGAACAAAUCCUGCGGGGAACAAUUGCUCGAUUUCACCACAGCGGAGAAGAUUGUCAUCGGAAUGAUGCUGGCCAUCAUCACCACCGUGACGGUGAUUGGAAAUAUGCUGGUGGUGAUCGCGGUGUGCGUCGUUAAAAAGCUCCGACAGCCGUCCAACUAUCUGCUGGUGUCUCUGGCCGUGGCGGAUCUCUCCGUGGCUAUUGUGGUUAUGCCAUUCGUGAUCGUGACGGACCUCACGGGAGGAAAGUGGCUUUUUGGAGAGGUCUUCUGUAACAUCUUCAUCGCCAUGGAUGUGAUGUGCUGCACUGCAUCCAUCAUGACGCUGUGCGUGAUCAGUGUGGACAGGUGA